CAGUGCCGCCGCCUGCCCCCAGCCGGCUGUGGGGCCGAGGUCCGAGCUGCUACGCCGCCGACCAUGGGCUCGGGAGCCCGGCUGCUCCCGCUCGUGCUCUGCCUGGGGCUCUGCGCACUCGAGCCCACAUCGGGGACCUCGGGCGUGCGCAAGCGAGGCCCUUUGGUGACGGCCAAGGUCUUCUUUGAUGUGAAGAUUGGAGACAAAGAUGUGGGCAGAAUUGUGAUUGGCCUCUUUGGAAAAGUUGUACCCAAGACUGUGGAAAAUUUUGUUGCUCUGGCAACAGGAGAGAAAGGCUAUGGAUACAAAGGAAGCAGCUUCCAUCGGGUCAUCAAGGAUUUUGUGAUCCAAGGCGGGGACUUCACUGCAGGAGAUGGCACUGGUGGUGUGAGCAUUUAUGGCGAGACAUUUCCUGAUGAGAACUUCAAGCUGAAACACUACGGCAUUGGCUGGGUCAGCAUGGCCAAUGCGGGGCCGGACACCAACGGCUCCCAGUUCUUCAUUACCUUGACCAAGCCUACCUGGUUGGAUGGCAAACAUGUGGUGUUUGGGAAAGUCCUUGAUGGGAUGACCGUGGUGCACACCAUAGAGCUCCUAGCAACUGAUGGGCAUGACCGGCCACUCACCAGCUGUUCCAUCCUCAACAGUGGCAAGAUAGAUGUGAAGACGCCCUUUGUGGUCGAGGUUGCUGACUGGUGACACAGCCGGCAGAGCCAGAAACAUGCCUGGCAGGGGUGUGUGUCUGUGUGCACGCACGCACACGCGGGACUAUGCCUGGCUGGCUGUUUCAUGCUUCAAAUACUGUUUUUUUUUAAACUUUCUUUUAAUUUCUCACACUAGUUCACAAGAGAUUUAAAAGUCAUUCAAAAUUUAGUUUGCAUGAGUUUUGGUAAAUCACUUGUUUAAGGGCCUUUAAACUGAAAAAAGACAUCCCCUUUCAUUGGUGCUAUUUUUAAAGUAGAAAAUUUUGUACUAUUUACUUUUAAGAACACAGUCAUUUGUUUUUGGUAAGUUUAUUAUUCCAUGUUGAGUGAUGCUAAAGAUUUUUUUGAAAAAAUUUGGAUGUGAAGUUUAUUGUUUUAUAUUCAAUUCUUUUCAGGUAAAGGGAGAUUGGAGUUAUUUAA